CCGGGCUCUUAGGCCAGCGGCCGGGGUGGGGACGGCGGAGGUCGGGGUCGUCUCGGAGCCGCCGACAUGAUGUGCGGGGGGCCCAGCGCCACCAAGCCCGCCACGGCCGACACGCAGGAGAUUGCCGACAAGGUGAAGUCCCAGCUUGAGGAGAAGGAAAACCGGAAGUUCUCCGUCUUUAAAGCUGUGUCUUACAGAAGCCAGGUCGUGGCCGGCACCAACUACUUCAUCAAGGUUGACGUCGGUGAUGAUGAGUUCAUGCACCUGAGGGUGUUCCAAAGUCUCCCUCAUGAGAACAAGCCACCAACCUUGCAUGCCUACCAGACCAAGAAGGCCGAGCAUGACGAGCUAGGCUACUUCUGACUCCUCAGUCCCUGUGCACAUGCAUUUUAAUGUGUCCUCCAUGCUGGGGACCUAGAAAUAAAUUCCACCCCUCCUCUGUGGCUCUGACUUGGAGAAGAUGGGGUUAAGCUUUUCUCCUGUGCUUUCCAAACUCUUUUGUAUUUUCCUUCUCAUUAAUGAUGUUAAUUUUAUUUUCAAACAGUAUGACACGUAAUUGCUCUGUAAAUAUAUAUUUUUAAGGUCACAAAA